AUGUUUGAUGAAUCCGAGCCAGGAAAGCCCAAGGAUUGGGGAUGGACUAUUGGCAUUAUCAUUACUGUAAGUUUUUCUAUCCCGCCCUAAUUUUUUCUACCUCGCCUUGCCUGUGCCUUGCCUUUUCUUGCCUUGCCUUGUUAUGCCAUGUCCUAUCAUACCCCUACUCCUCCAUACCCUACACAAUCCUAUCCUCCCUGUCCUACUCUAUUCUCCCUUACCUUACAGUACCUUACCCUAACCUACCAAAUAAAACUAAAAAGUUUACUUUCUAUACACUUCUUGCCCUGUUAAUUUGCGUAAAAUUCCAUAUGACGUAUUUUACAUUUUUUUUUAGAUUUGUAGCCUGAACUUGUGCAUCUUCAUAGUAUUAAGAGUCUUAUUGGACGCUAGUGAUGAAUUUGGUGAACCGUUGUUUCAAGGUAAAAAUUUUUAUUUAUAUCUGCCUAUAAUUUACCCUGCCCUACCAUAUUUUCAUCAUUUUUCAGAAACCUUAAAAUUUCAAAUAAAAUAUUUUUUUUUAAUUCUAAAAUAAAAAAAAAUUUAAAAAAAAUUUAAAUACAGUAAGAAAAACUACAGUGUUUUUUUCAGGAGACACUCGUCAGAACCUCCAAGCAUUUUUUGGGUUUUUUCGCUUUAUCAUUUUGUUUCGGUUGCUGGUGUUGUUUUUGUUGUGCCGGAAAUUGUUUGGAAUGCAUUAUUUUCUGCUUUAAAACCGAAAAUCGACCAACCAUGACCCAAUGGUGGGCUCGACUCAUACGACAUAAAAGUGAGAUUGUCAACAAAACAAGACGUAAGUGAGCGUACUAUAAUGUUUAUGAAUUCUAUCCUACCCUACCCUAUCUGACUCUACCCUACCUUAAAAACUUUUAGAAAAAAAGGAUACAGUUGCAACAGAUAUCAGAAAGAUCAGUAAAAGAUGGAAAUCAGCCUAUUCCAACGAAAACUUCUCUGAAUCCGACGUGGAAUAUCAAACUCCGAAAAGAACUCAACCGGUAAGUAGUAAGAAACAUUGAGCUAUAUCCUGACUACCUAAAAUCCUCGAUAAGCCUGAUAAUACCUCCUCGGCUCCUCAUUAGACCUUAUGCAACGUUCUGAAAUGAUCGCUAGACCUUACAAUAGCUUCUAGAACCCUACCUAGACCUUACAAAAGCAUAGAAAAAACAAAAGCCAUUAUGUAAUCUUCAGAAUCCCUCUUCUCGCCAACAAGUCAAGUUCAACAUAUCCGAGGACGAACCUCCGCUCUCACCCACAACCUCACGACGAAUGGAGCCGGGUCGUCGUUCCACCCAAUGGAUGGAACUCAAACGACCAUCUCUACAUCCAGGGGAAGCUACAAAGACUUCGGUUGGAGUGAAGAACGUCGACUACUAUGAGAUACCGGUAUCUUUAGUCACACCAACCGCCGUGGCCAUAAUCGACCCAAAGUUUGUGGCCAAGACUGAAGCCAUCGAUGAAUCGGCCAAGAAAACAGCAGAAACGGCUACCGUGCUUCAAAACGAAAAAAUUGAAAAUGUGAAUGAACAACAUGCCAUGUUUUACUGUGAUUCACCGUGCACUAGUGCUGCUAUUGCUUUCGGUGAAAAGAAGGCUUCUGAUAGUAGUGUAUGA